AUGGAGCACCUGCAGAGACUGAAAGGAGCAAUUGACCGGACCAUCGCAGAGGAACAAGCUCGACAACGUGCCUCUCUGGAGGCGCAACCGCAGGCUUCGGGGAGCGCUCCUGCGCGGAGAUCGCGCUCAUCUAGUGGUGCGGGUACCCAUUCUCCAGCUCGACGACCGCGCCCAGCAGCGAAGCAGGGCCAGGAUUCCGCCAGUCGAGAAGGGGGGGCCGCAAAUCCCGAUCCUGCCGUAUUCGAGGCUGCCUUUACAAUCGACGACACCGACGAUACCGCAACGCCCUCGAGAGCCGCGACCCCAAUGUCGACGGAUCCAGAAAAGGCAAAGGAACUGGGCGUGAUUCCCGAAAAGGGGGGCGAGGCUGCUUCGUCAAGAGCCAUGUCUGAGAAGAGUGGGCAAAACGCAGACGCAUCCUCGAUCUCAGAGAAAAGGUCGAUGGAGUCCUCAACUGUGACUCUCGUCGCUUCCGAACUGCCGGCCGAGGUCCGCGCCAAGUUGAGGAAGCUCGAAAGGCUUGAAAAGGCCUACCCGGAAUUGCUACGGUCCUACCGAAUUGCGCAUGGCAAAGUAAUGCUGAUCGAGCCCUUUGAGAAGACUUUGAAGGAAAACACCCCCUUGACUUCGAUUGCCGAGCCUCAAGCUCUCGUAGAGUACCUGAAUCAGGUGAACCUCAAGAGCGACAUGGUGAUGGAAGAGCUAAAGCGUGUUACUACCGAGAAGGAUUCGCACAAAAAGAAGGCAGAUGAGGCCGAGAAGCAAUUGGCAGCUCUCAAUGAUGAACUUUCUAAAAAAAUCACCGAGAACGACAAGGAGGUUUUUGCACUCAAGGAGGAGAUUGCCGCACUGAAGAUCAACAAAUCAACAAGCCCACCUGCUGAGAAGGAGAAGGGUUCCGAGACGGUCAAGGCUGGAGAGGCGUCCCAAGAAGGCGGCCAGGGCGAAUCAUUGUUCUCUUAUGACACUGAGAUCCCACAACUACAAGCAGAGGUGGAAAAGAAGACAGAACAGAUUGAGAAGCUCGAAACUGAGGUUCGCACUUUGAAGGAAGAGCUGUCCGAGGCCAAGGAGCACAGUGCCGGUCUGGUGGAGAGUCUUGAGACGGCUAUGCAGGAACUUGGCGAAGCCAAGGAUGCUGCCGCUUUGAAGAACUCAUUUGAAGCACAACUCACUGCUAGGAAUACCGAGAUCACAACCUUGACAGAGCGCGCCAGUACCGCCAGGGCCACGAUCAAAGACCUCGAGAGGCAGGUGGAACAGGGCAAGCAGGCCAUCAAGGAGAAGGAAGCGAAGCUUUCUUCCGCCUCGAACCGCAACAAGGACCUGGAGGAGGAGAUGAAAACAAUCACGGAAGCAAAGGAGAAUCUCGAUACCAAGAUCCAGGAACUGAAUUCUGAAAUCCAGACACUGAAGAAGGCCAAGGCUCAGGAUGAAGCCAAGAUAGAAGAGUUGGACAAAAAGCUGAAGACUGCAGUGUCGGUUCCUAUCCCAGCGCCUGUCCCUGCUGUUGCUGCUUCAGCCAGCACUCCGGCCCAACCUGCACAGGGUGGUGGCAGGAAGAAGAACAACAAGAAAAAGAAGAAGGGCGGUGCCGGCGGCGGCGCGGCUGCUGCUGCUGCUGAACCCGCCCCCAGCGAAGCAUCAGUUACUGAACAGCCCCCCUCUUCGCCACUGCUAGGGCCCUCCGCUGACGAGCUGCAAACCGAAUUGACGCGCCUCCAAGAAGAGUUGGCCGAGAAGGACCAGCGAAUCGAAAGACUAUCGAAGCAGAGGAAGACGGAGGAAGAUCUCCGUGAAGAAAUUGAGAAUCUCCAAGAGAACCUGAUGACCAUUGGCCACGACCAUGUUGAGGCCAAGCAAAGGCUCAAGGAGCUCGAGGCUGAGAAGAGGGAGCUCAAGGAACGCAUUGCGGAACUUGAGAAGGAGGUCGAGACCGCGGCCGCUGGUGCUCAGGUCAACACCAAGCUUCAGGGCGAACACGAGUCGUUGAAGCAAGAGUUUGACGACCUGAAGAUGAAGUCAUCGACCUUGCAAUCCGAUUUGGCUGCCGCCCAGCAGCUUGCACAGACCAGAUACAAGGACCUCACUGAUCUUCGGGAGAUGCUUCAGAAGGCUCAGCCGGAGCUUAAGAACCUCAGGCAGGAGUCUGCCCUGCUCAAGACAACCAAGGAGGAACUGGCAGCCAAGACGACUGAGCUGCGCAACCUUGAGAAGCGCGAGAGGGAUCUCAAGACUGAGCUGGCCCGCGCCCAGCGUCUUGCGACCGAUCGAGAGGCUGAGAUCAAGACUCUGCACGAGAAGGUGGCCCAAGAGACAAAUGCUAGGCUGAAGGUGGAGGACGAACGUCGUGUUACCGGCCGCGACCUCCGUCGUUCAGAAGCUGAAAAGAUCGAAAUCUCGGCCAGGGAAGAGAAAGCAUCCAGGGAACUGCAGCGCGUGCAAGAGGAGGCAUCCAAGCUCCGCCCACGCGUCGGACAGCUUGAGGACGAACUCGACAGGUUAAGAAAGGAGCAAGCUACUCUCCGGGAAGAAGUCAAGGCAAAGACCAAUCAGUACUCCAGCGCUCAAAGCCUCAUCGGAAGCAUGCGUGAUGAGACUGCGGAACUACGCCUGCAGCUCAAGGAGAGCCAGUCUCAGGUCGAGAACCUGGAAGAGGAACUGACCGAUACACGGAAGAUGUUGGAUGAACGCACUCGCGACACUGACACGAUGCGGAAGCUCCUCGCCGGGGCUGACGAGCGUACUGAGAGCAGGUUACAUGAGAUGCGCACCAAGAUGGAGGCCGCCAUCGAGGAGAGAGAUCGACUCGAAGAUGAGUCGUCCUCCCUUGCUCGUCGCAAAUCGCGGGAGACGGAGGAGCUCAAGCAAAAGGUGCGCGACCUGGAGCGGGAAGUGAAGGAACUUGCCAGCGAGAAAGACAGCCUCGAACGCGAGGAGCGCGAGUGGCGCCGUAGGAGGCAGGAGCUCGAGGCUAUCGAGGAGAGGGCCGAGACGGAAGUGAGUGAGAUGCGCACUACCGUCUCCAACCUCCGCUCCACUUUGGAUGCAUCGGAGCUGCAGGUGCGGGAGCACGAGAGGAAAGCGACGGAGUUGCGUCGGGCGCUGGAUGAUUACCGGUUAAGGUAUGACAAGUUGAACAAGGAGGUCAAGACACUGCAGGCCAAGUUGUCGUCGGCUGCUGCGAACCCCAGUAGGACCUCGCAGGAAUCGACUCGUUCCGGCAGCGUCAAUGGAGCGGGUACCCCCGACGCCAUGUACCUGAAGACGAUUAUGUUGCAGUUUUUGGAGCAGAAGGAUAAUAGGCUGAGGGCGCAGUUGGUACCUGUUCUUGGAAAGCUGCUCAAGUUUGACAAGUCUGAUGAGCAGAAGUGGCUCGCUGCUAUCCAGCAUAUGAACAGCAGGUAG